CACUGAGUCAGUUUCAGACAGUAUUGGUAAGAAAAACGCCAUGGCCAAAACUUCUCGGAGAAGUGGCGCUAGAGCGGCGCGGAAACGUGCAGUGAAGGCAAGCAAGCCAAAAGCUGGCAAGGCUUUGCGCCGGGGUUAUAAGGGAUUUUGUCCUUUGAGAACUCAGCAGGGUGCCAUUUCAGGAGGAGGUGGAUGUGUGGAAACGAAGCACUGGAGAGACUUGGAUCCAGAAAGCUUUUUUGAGUAUGUAAAGGCUCGAAAGCCUUUGGUGAUCAACACAGAUGGUGUUUUGAAUGGAGCUUUGGGAGUGCUCUUUGGCUUGAAGGGUGAACAUGCAAGAUGGGCAUUGCCAGGAGAGCAAGGUAUGAAGGCCAUGCAACAGAGCACAGCUGCCAGUUGCGAGGUUCUCGUAGAACGCAAGCAUGCAAAGUCAAGCUUUUUUGGGCAAAGUGAUGAUACGGCAAGGGAGAAGACGACCUUUGGGCAGUUCUGUUCAGAGCUGGAGAUGGGAAAUGAACUCAGCUACUUGACUACCCAGGCGCUGGAGGACGGCAAUGGCUGCCCUCAAUCUCUUGCAGCGGAGCAUGUCCUGCAAUUAAUGCGUGGAUGUGAGACCCUCCGGCCAAAGCUAAUAGGGAACUUGAUCCCGGUGCAGUACAAUUUGUGGUUUGGUAGAUCUUCGGCUGGAUCAUCUUCAGGCUUGCAUCAUGAUUUUCACGACAACAUUUAUGUGUUACUCCGUGGGCGCAAGGAGUUUCGGUUGUUCAGUCCUCGUUGCUUAGAUAUCCUUGCGCCGGUUGGGGUGGAGAACAAGACAGCCAAGCUGCACUCCAAUGGCUUGAUUUCCUACGUGCCAGGCCUGCGGAGUGACGGUGCUCCAGCAGUUGCUGUGCGCGAGUGGCAGAAAAGACAAGGCUCUAAGUGUGGUCAGCACGACCCCAGCGACAGUGGCCAGAGUGACGAGGAAGAGCUUGAGCAUAUGCUCAACGAGGCAUUGCGAGGACGCGCCCCCGAUGAGUGGUCAGAGGAUGCCCCUGAAACUGGAAAGGAGAGAAACUGCACAAAUGCAGAAUUGCCUGAUAGCUUUUGUCGAGCGACAACAACCUCGAAUGGUGAGCUUUCCAUCCCAAGUCUUCUCAAAGGUCGGUAUAUCACUGCCGCACUCAGUCCUGGCGAUCUCCUGUUUUUGCCGGCAAGUUGGUUUCAUGAAGUGAUCUCAUAUGGUGGCGACGUAGGGGGGCACCUUGCCUUGAACUUGUGGAUGGCACCUUCUGGCUCUCCUCACUCAACGCUACAGAUGCCCUAUGACGACAGUUUUUGGGAGGCCUUUUUCCAAAGGCUUUCUCCCCAUGGGUACAACAAGCCAAGGGGAGCAAGGCGGCGCACAAAGCCGAAGCCAAAGAAGCCAAAGUCCGGAGUCAAGAAGGGAAGCAGUAAAGCAGUGAAGUUCCAAGUGGACUCGCCUCAGCUCGGAAAAGGCAUGGAGCGAAAGGAUUGGAAGAUGAUGUGAAAGAAUGUGAAAGAUUCUGAGAGAACAAUCAAAGUGAUUGAACCGAUCAUGUAUAGCGAGGCUUUUGUGUUGUUUUUCUCAGUGAUCGAUUAAAGGGAUGUGUGGUUUUCGGCAUCAGUUGAGCGCAUUUGGACGCCCACAUUUUGUUUGUUCGAUUCAGGCGAGAGUGGCCCAUGCAGCAUUGACUCAGAGCCGAGAGGUCGCCAAAAGCCGCACUUCGAUGCAAUUCGCACACGUUUUGCAAUUUUGAGCACCGUUUUUGCUGCAACACCUUUGUGAGAGUGUGUUUGUUUGUCUUUUGUUUUUUGGUUCAGAGAGGCAAGUGUUAAUCAAUCACUUUGAUACUUGUUUGAGGUCAUUGCAUGGCAG